AUGAGAGCCAUUCUAAUGCGAUGCUCCCGCCGGAUCGCCAGCCGUCAGCUGUGCACCGACUCGAAGGCGGAUGUGGCCGUCGUUGGUGCGGGGCACAACGGGCUGGUGGCUGCCGGGCUGCUUGCCAAGCAGGGGCUCAAGGUUCGAGUCUUUGAGCAAUAUGACAUUGUGGGCGGUGCCUGCAGAACUGAAUACCCCUUUGCCAAAGCACCUGGACUUGGGGCGUCCACAGGAGCAUAUCUGCUGGGAGUCAUGCCUCCUGAACUGCUGCAGAUUCUGGAGCUUAAUGUCCCUGUCCUUGUACGGGACCCACACUAUUUUCUGCCUACAACAGGAAACAAGUAUCUCCUGUGCAGCUCCAACCUGAAUGAAGUAAAACAGCAGUUUGAGACAUUCUUCUCCCAAGAAGAUUGGAAAGCUAAUCAGCGACUGCAGGAUGAAGUCUCCGCCAUUCGCGACGACAUUGCUCCCUGCUGGCUACGGCCACCGAUGCCGUUGGAGGAGACCGCUGAGAGAUAUUGCAGGCUUCCGGACAGCCGAGGCACGUGGGCCAUCGUGGAGGGCGGCAUGGGAACUGUCACCCAGCGGCUCUCGCACUUCGCCCAGCGGCAAGGCGCGGUCGUAGAGACCGGGCGUCCAGUAGAACAUGUCGUCGUCAGGGACGGUUCUGCAGUGGGUGUGGUGACGACGGGAGGAGAGGAGGUGCGGGCGAGUGUGGUGGUCGUGAACGCGGACCCGUUCCGGCUGAGGGAGAUGUGCCGGGCGUCUGGGGGGUUUCCUGCGGAGUUCGACCGGAGGCUGGAUGCGAUGAUGAGGGACGGCACUUCGAUGAAGGUGAACCUGGCGCUGUCCGGCCUUCCGGGCUUCAAGUGCCUCCCGGAUGACCCCCGGGUCCACGGCACGACGAUCCACCUGCUCCCCGACGAGGGUGACGUAAUCAACUCAUUCCGAGAGGCCUACCGCGACGCAGCCGCCGGGACGCUCCCCAACUCCCCGUGCAUCGAGAUGUACAUCCACACCGCCAGGGACCCGUCGCUCCGCGACAAGGAGGGCCGACACAGCGCCGCCCUGUUCGUCCAGUGGGUGCCGUUCGAGCUGGCGGAGUCGAGCUGGGAGGACGAGGCGGAGGGCUACGUGCGGCACCUGCUCAGCAUUUGUGACCGAUUCGCGCCAGGCACCUCGGACUUGGUGAUCGACGACUUCACCCUCACGCCGCCCAUGAUCGAGAGGCACUUCGGCAUCACGAGAGGCCACAUCCAGCACAUCGACAACACCCUCGGCUUCGCCGAUCGGUUCCCCUACUCCACGCCAAUCCCUGGGCUGUAUUCCGCAUCGGCUGGAUGCCAUCCGGCGGGCUCCGUCAUUGGAUGCGCUGGGCACAACUGCGCCGUGCAAGUGAUCCAAGACUUGGGCCUGCAGCCCGCGUGGGUCGUACCGUGA